UCGCCUUUACCAUUGCUCUCCAUCUCUCUCGCACACACAAUUUGCACAUACAUAUAUACACAGAGAGAUAGAGAGAUAGAUAUAUAUAGCCAGCAGAAGUGGUGCGGCGAACAGUGAAUUCCAGUACCUUCAAUCUCAAUUCCAUCAUGUCGAGCAAUCCAGGCGAAGCCCCCUCCGACGACUUCCUCGAGCAGAUUUUAGGGUUUCAAAACUACGCCGACGCUAGUUUGGUCGGAAACGAAGGUCCUUCACCUACAAUGAUGCUGCAGCUCGGCUCGGCUCAUUUAAAUGGCGUCGACGCCCUCGGCGGCGGUUUUCCGCUGGGGCUGAGCUUGGAUCAGGGCAAGGGAGGCUACAGCGACGCGUCCGGCAGCGGGAAGAGGCUCCACCGCGAUGAUUUUGUCGAUUCCCGCGCUCCUGCCAUCAAAGGGGGUUUUCAUGGACAGCCGAUGAUGAACAACACUGUACAGGCGGCGCCCCAUCCGCCUGGAAUUCGUCCUAGGGUACGGGCUAGACGAGGCCAAGCGACUGAUCCACACAGUAUAGCUGAAAGGUUGCGGAGAGAGAGAAUAGCUGAAAGAAUAAGAGCGUUGCAGGAUUUGGUUCCCAGUGUCAACAAGACAGACAGAGCAGCUAUGCUUGAUGAAAUUGUGGAUUACGUCAAGUUCUUAAGGCUCCAAGUGAAGGUGUUGAGCAUGAGUAGAUUAGGAGGAGCUGGUGCAGUGGCACCGCUUGUGACAGACAUCCCAAUAUCAUCAGUAGAGGAAGAAUGCAGUGACGGUGGAAGAACUCAGCCAGCUUGGGAUAAAUGGUCAAAUGAUGGCACAGAGAGGCAGGUAGCAAAGCUUAUGGAAGAAAAUGUUGGGGCUGCAAUGCAGUUUCUUCAAUCCAAGGCGCUAUGUAUCAUGCCAAUAUCCCUUGCUUCGGCUAUCUACAACACACAACCUCCGGACACUUCCUUCCUAGUGAAACCCGAAGCUGAACCCCCAUCCUAAUCCCGAGCUAGCCAAGAAUCUUAGUCAGAUCACACGGACCAAUCUUUCCCUCACCUUGUUUCUGCCUCGACGAAAAUCGCUGAAAUGUCAGCCGCCUAGUUGGAAGAGAGAGCAAAGUCAACCUCUCUUGAUGUUCUAAUUUUGCUAUCAAUGGUGGAAUGACUAAAGCACCUUUUUCUAGUGGGGUUGGUAGUGCACCCAUGGGCCCUUCAAAGGUAUGAAUGUGUAAAUUGUUUUAGAGUGGUGUUAUUUUCAGUGCUUAGUGGAAAUGGAUACUUACAUUAGAUAAUGGUUUACUUUUUGCCCUAGUGUUUUGAAAUCAAUUCUUGUAGCAUUUGACCUUUUCUAGUUUGGUUCUAAAAAGCAAUCUGACUUGUUUUCUUGUUCUA